AUAAUUUUAUAAUUUCAGUUGAUGAUUAUCGAAAAAGAUGGAAGAAUAUGAAAGAUACUUACAACAGAUAUAGAAGAAAUAGAAAAUUAUAAAUGAGAUCAUCAGUACUGAGAAGACCAUCUAAAUGGGAAUUAUUAGAUGCACUAUCAUUUCUUGAAGUAGUUAUAUAUAAACGAGAAUGCAAAACGAGUACAGCGGAAACGGACGGUAUAGCGGCGUAAUGAUGUGGCCCGGAUCGGAAUUCCAAUAUCAAGGAAAAACACCAACUUAUGUUCAAAUAUACAACAAUACAAUGCCUUGGAAUUCUCGUGUGGACAAAAUCAUGUUAUGGAUUAAAAAUAGUUCUCAACCAGCGAAUCUAGUGUUUGCGUAUUUUGAAGAACCCGAUAAAACUUCUCAUAUGAAAGGAAUCAAUUCACCGGAUCUAAAAGUUCAAAUCUCUAGAGUUGAUGCAACAGUCAAGUACUUAUUAGACAAAAUUAAAGAAGAAAAUUUAGAAAACAAAAUGAAUCUGAUUAUUCUAAGCGAUCACGGGAUGGAUUCAGUCACGAAUAAUAGAACUAUACAUUUAGAUCAAUUAAUUUCCAAUAAAACCUACGAAUCUGUUAUUUCAGGACCCAAUGGAUUCAUACUACCAAAUCCUGGUAAAUUUGAAGAAAUUUAUCAAAAUCUUACAAGAAUUUCCAAUAAUUUGAGAACAUUUAGUGUUUAUAAAAAAGAUGAACUGCCGGUCCGGUGGCACAUGAAGAAUACAUCCAGAUUAAAUGGGAAAUUGUACAUAUUAGCGAAACCAGGUUACGCGUUUUGGAACAAUUUGUUUGAAUAUAUUCAAAAUAGUACAAGAUCGAUGACCUUCGAAUCGGGCACGCACGGAUACGACAACGAGGACCCCAGGAUGCGCGCCAUGUUCAUGGCUUCGGGGCCGGCGUUCCGGAAGAACACCACCGGCCAGCCGUUCGACAACGUGCACGUGUACCCGCUGAUCGCAAACGUGCUUGGUCUGAAGGAACCGGCCAGCGGUGUGCGGCCCGACCGGACGAUC